CUCUCUCUCUCUCUCUCUCUCUCUAACUUUCUCUCUUCUCUCUAAGCCAUUUUUUGGUGUGUAUUUUUUUUUUUUUCUGUAAAAAAUCCACUGAAGAUGACGCUGCCUCCUGGACCGUACUCAGGCAAAAGCACCCUUGCUUUGGUGGCUAGGGUUUCUGCUUUUACGUUCGGACUUGCUUACGGAAGCGUGAAACUGAAAGUUCUUAAGGCAAAGGCAAAGUCUCAAAAGAAAGUGGAAGCCAAGGGGCAUCACUAGAGGAGCACUUUUUUGUUAUUCUUUUUGUUUUCUGAUCAUAAUAAUGGGAAAAUGAAAUUCGAUUUGCGUUAUGCCCUGAUUGCAAAUGAGCCCCGUUUUAUACUUGCAGAGAAUUUUCGAAUAUAUCUGGCCUUAAACUCUGUCAUUUUGUUUAGAUUUUCUCGCUACUUUGGUGACUUUCGAAAUGAGAUAAUGUGCAAUGUGAGAAGCGGCACUCAGUCUAGAUAAUAUUUGUUGCUCUUUGUUUGAUCUUUUCGACAUUCCUUGUAAAACGAGGGUGGUUGUACUGCUUGAAAUUACGAGUUCGAUUAAUU